ACACCGCACCGCACCGCAAUUUAGCGUGAUUACUGCAGAAAGCUAAAAGCUCACUACUAACUGCCUCUCACUUUCGAAACACAAGAGAGGAGUGGUGAGGGGGUCUUAAAAUCCAAUUCGCGCAGUUACAUUAAUAACUAUCUCUGAGCUGAAGAAAUUUUGAAGCGCUGAUUCGUUCUAACCGCAUUAUUAUUACCCUAUAUUACCAGCUUUUAAGGUCAAGGUCUGCUCUGCCUUUUGCUUCAUUUGUUGGGACAAUAAAUGGGAAGUUCGUUUAAUCCUCAGAUUUUUGUGGAGAAGCUUGCCAAGCUCAACAGUACACAGGCAAGCAUAGAGACUCUAUCACAUUGGUGUAUCUUCCAUAUGAAUAAAGCAAAACAGGUUGUUGAAACAUGGGCCAGACAAUUUCAUUCUUCUCCACGUGACCGGAGAUUGGCCUUUCUAUAUCUGGCAAAUGAUAUAUUGCAGAAUAGUCGUCGAAAAGGUUCAGAGUUUGUGGGGGAAUUCUGGAAGGUUCUUCCAGAUGCUCUUCGUGACAUGAUUGAAAAUGGGGAUGAGUUUGGAAGAAAUAAUGCUCAACGAUUGAUUGGCAUAUGGGAAGAAAGAAAAGUUUUUGGUUCCCGAGGGCAAAUUCUGAAGGAAGAGCUUGUGGGAAAGCAAGUGGAGAACAAUAAUAGAAAUGGGAAGCAUAUAGGAACCAAAAUGAAGCAGCCUACUGGAAGUACAAUAGACAAGAUAGUUGCUAGUUAUCAUGUUGUUUAUGGUGGCCAGAUGGAUGAAGAUGCUGUAUUUAGCAAUUGCAGGAAUGCUAUCAGUUCCCUUGAGAAAGUUGAUAAGGAGAUCGGUGGUGAUUUUAAUUCAGGGCAAUUCCAUGGAGCUGCAUUUGUGGAAGAGCUGCAGGGGCAGCAUGCUAUUUUGAGGGGCAGCAUCGAACAACUGACAGCCAUUGAAUCAUCAAGGGCAAGUCUAGUGUCUUAUUUGAGAGAAGCUCUACAGGAGCAGGAAUCCAAGCUGGAACAAGUCCGUCAUCAGCUUCAGGCUGCACAUUCCCAUUCAGAACAUGCUAGUCGCAUCACCCAACAGUUGUUGCAUUCUAACAAUGUUCCAUUAGUGGCUGAGCAAAGUCCAAAGGAAGCUAACACCUCCAUGGUACCUCCAAGCUUUGUAGCUGGAGACAGGGAACAAUCAGCUCCAUCCAUGUACACCCAGCAGGUAUCUUUUCCUGAAAACACCAGCCAUGUUGAGGAAGAUCCCCGGAAGUCUGCUGCAGCUGCUGUGGCAGAAAAAUUAACUGCUUCAACAUCCUCAGCCCAAAUGCUUUCUUAUGUCUUGUCUUCUCUUGCAUCUGAAGGUGUCAUUGGCAAUUCAAAAAAAGAAUCUUCUAGUGAUUACCCUGCUGAAAAACGGGCUAAGCUCGACAAAGAUCAGCCUUAUAUACCAACUCAGAACCCUUCACAUCUUCAAACUCCCACUUUCCAGCAUCCCGAGUCUUUCCAGCAGAAUGUUGCAAGCAGUACCCAGCAGUCAACUCCAAACAACCCACCACCUCCCCCAUCAUCUCCUCCACCAGUACCCCCACCAUUGCCACCUAUGCAACCAUAUUCCAUGCCCCAGUUCAUGCAGACUGCUGGGUCAAUAAAUGGUGUACAGUACAGCUAUGCCAUGUCGCAGCUACAACCACCUUCUUUGGCUGGGUAUCCAUCAGCUGGAGCUCCAAUGACCGGCAUGGCCCCCUUUACAAUGCCUCCAGCUAAUACGUAUCCAAGUUAUCAGGGUUCAGAUGGUAAUUUGUACACCCAACCAUCAUCCAUGCCAAUGGCACCAAUUUCCCGGCAAUAGAAUGCUUUGCCGUGGCUGCUGGCAAUGUAGGUGUUUUAUCCAGAAAACAUUAGAGAUUUUCAAAACUAAUGUAGCUUUUUGUCAUCCCGAUCCUUUCUGGGUUUUGUUCCUUUGGUUAUACACCUAAUUAGAUCUGCACAUAGUAAGUGCUUGUAACUUGCAUGUUAAUAGCUGCUGUUGGAAAAAAAUUUCUUGGGUUGUUCCAUUGAGAAAUAGAUUUGAUUACUUUAUCAGA